GUCGGGACUGAGUCUGAGCGCGGCGACACUCCUGUCGGCGGCGCGCGAUGGGGCGGAGCAGGGUGUUGGGGUGCUCCGCGGUCCUGUGGGCUCUGCUGGCCGCCCGCAUCGCGGCGGCGGUGGAGCCGGUGAGCAUGGCCAUCGCCAUCGGGGCCGUGUCGGCGCUCACCGGCUUCCUGUCCUACUCCAAAGUGCACUGCCGCUUCACCGAGUGCUGCGAAGAGCAGCAUCCCUUCAGCGCGUCGGCCCUCAAGCUGGACUUGGAAAAGAAGCUGUUUGGACAGCAUCUUGCCAGCGAAGUGAUUCUCAAGGCAGUAACCGGCUUCAGGAACAAUAAAAAUCCCAAGAAAGCACUGACUCUGUCCUUGCACGGCUGGGCUGGUACGGGCAAGAAUUUUGUUAGCCAGAUUGUGGCAGAAAACCUUAACCCAAAAGGCCUGAAGAGUAAAUUUGUUCACCUGUUCGUCUCUACGCUGCACUUCCCUCAUGAGCAGCAGAUAAAACUGUACCAGGACCAGCUCCGGGAGUGGAUCCGAGGCAAUGUGAGCGCCUGUGGCAGCUCCAUCUUCAUCUUUGAUGAGAUGGAUAAGCUGCAUCCCCGGAUCAUUGAUGCAAUCAAGCCCUUCCUAGACUACUAUGAGCAGGUGGAUGGGAUUUCCUACCGCAAAGCCAUCUUCAUCUUCCUCAGUAAUGCAGGCGGGGACCUGAUAACUAAGACGGCCCUAAACUUCUGGCGGGCAGGAAAGAAGAGGGAAGAGAUCCAGCUGAAGGACCUGGAGCCUGUGCUGUCUGUGGGUGUCUUCAACAACAAACACAGUGGUCUGUGGCACAGUGGGCUGAUAGACAGAAACCUCAUCGACUACUUUAUCCCUUUCCUGCCCUUGGAGUACAGACACGUGAAGAUGUGUGUGCGGGCAGAGAUGCAGGCUCGUGGGAUUGCUGUUGAUGAAAACAUUGUCACCAGCGUGGCAGAUGAAAUGACAUUUUUCCCCAAGAUUGAGAAGAUCUACUCAGACAAGGGCUGCAAGACUGUGCAGUCACGGCUGAGUUUCCAUUGAGCUCUUCACCCCAUAGGGUGGGAGGAUUUAGGGGAGCCUUCUGCUCCUCCAGGGCCUUGCCUUGCCGAAUCACUUUGGAGACCUCUCUUAGGGCUUUACGUUUGAACCUGUGGACUCUGGGGAUGCUGUCAGUGCUGCAUGGCAGCGGCUGAAGGCAAACUUUUAGAACCCUUAGAGUGUUAAUGUGAAUCAAGUGCCUAGAAACACAGUGCCAAUGGUACCCAUGCCUCAGAUACCACUAAUGGGCUAUAGCACCAUUGCAACUUUGGGGAACCAGAUUUUUCCUUCCAGGAACACCCACCUCAGCUGGAAGUUUGCAGAAGCAGAUGCUGGUCUCUGAGGGGAGCAUGUGGACAUGACCUUGGCUGAACUGUUAGUGUGAACAGUAGGGACCCCGUCUGAGGCCCUUGUAGCACAGUUACACAGAGCCUUUGAGGCUAUACUCCACCUUAGCUGCUGCUCACAGCCCUGCCUUUGGAGUUCUCUCGCCUGUCUCCCACUGUAUGGAUUGUUGCCUGCCUUGGACCAUGUCUCUUGAACUGUUAAGAUUCACCCCAGCCUCAUCCCUGGUCAUGUCAGAAUGGAACCAUCAGCUUUGAAGGUCUGUUACCCUUACUCUGAAGGCUGUUCAGCACCAGUCUCAUGCAUAGGAAGAGUAAGCGCUAGGCCAGGGCUGGCUAGGCCACACACCAGAGAUGCUGGGGUUUUUAAGGACAUGUAUAUUUUUAAAACAUGUUUUUUACUUCUGUUAGGUGAUAAAAGUAUAAGGAUGCCAUGUGUUUUAAAACCUAGGAAGCACCAGGUGGUGGUGGUGCACACUUUAAUCCAGCACUCCGGAGGCAGAGGCAGGUGAAUCUCUGAAUUUCAGACCAGCUUGGUCUACAGAGUGAGUUCCAGGACAGCCAGGACUACACAGAGAACCCCUGUUUCAAAAACCAAAACAAAAACCUAGGAAGGACAUAAAAUAGACUAAUCUCAGGUUUUUAUUGUUGCUGGAUAUGGGAAACAAAGCCCAUGAUCCUAGCAGGAAGAUCAGGACUCAGGGUUCCUCCACUAUGUUGUGAGUUUGAGGUCAGCCUGAGCUGCAUGUAACU